AUGUUGGAGAAAUUUUAGAGAAGUAAUAUGAAAAUAUUAACUUCCUUUGAGAAAUAUGUUAAAGAAUUGAAUGCUUAAAAUUUAACAUGGAGUCCAGUUCACACUGAAAAGUUUUGGAAGGAAAAUGUGAAAAAAUUCGAAGAAAAUGAUUUCUUAUUGAUUAGAAAAUUGGCAGAAAUAUUAAAAUCAAAUAGCAAUUAAAAUGUUGCAGUUGCUUGUUAUGAUUUGGGGGAGUUUUGUAGAUUCCAUCCUUUUGGAAAAGUAGUGUUAGAGCAAUUGAAUGCAAAACAAGAGAUUAUGAGAUAGGCUAGAAAUGAUGACUAAUAGAUCAGAGAAAAUGCUUUAUUAUCAUUAUAAAAGAUUAUGUUGCAUAAUUGGUAAGUGUGA